GGUGGCAGUGGCACCGGGCGCAACGAGUGUGCCGGUCGUGUGUCGGUGUCCGUCCCGAGCAUUGAUAGCACGCGCGGGUGCGCGCGUACCGGCGGGAGACACGCUCAUGGCGAUUUAAAUCACAUUUAAUUUGUUAGUUGAUAAUUAUCACUUGGGAAAAUUAACAAAAUCGUUACAACUGAAAAAAGCCGGUCUAUUAAAACGAUAUUACGAAAAUUUCACUUUACCGCGGGCUAAGUGAAACCAUGGAUAAUAUGGGAGGUAACGGCAGUAAUGGUGACGGACGUUUCGCCGACCGGGCUACCGAAAGUCUAUACCAGAGUUAUAACGCAAAGCAAAAGCGAGCGGCGUUCGCGUGCUAUGUGUCGGCGUCAGUGUUGUUUGAUGUGUACUGCCUAACAGUGUACGAUGCUCGAUCUCCGUACACGUGGUGUCUGCUGGCCAUCAACGUAGCCACUCUCAUCUGGGUUCGUCUGUCGGCCGGCCGACGUCGAUACUGGACUGCUGUGGCCCAUCUGGCUUGGUUCACCGCCGAUGUUCAGGUGGUGCUACAUUUGGUGGCCAACGCCGCCGAGGGAGCCGAUCUCCUGGGCUGGAUCUUGCUCUACGAUUACCUGGCCUAUGUCAGUUUGCCCCUCACUUUGGCUCUGUGCGUCGCCCUCAGUUCAACUACGUGCGUCACGUACGUGCUCACCGUUGCCGUGCUGGGCCGGAAUCACGCUUACCUAGUCAGACAGUUGGCGACAAACAGUGUUCUUUUAUUAGCAUCAAACUGUUUAGGGCUAUUGUCAUAUUUCCUAGCCGAUAAACAACAACGAACAGCAUUCUUAGAGACUCGGCAAUGCCUAGAAAUGAAAAUGAUAAUUGAAGAAGAGUCGGCUGAACAGGAACGAUUGUUGCUAUCUGUAUUACCAGAACACGUCGCAGUAAAAAUGAGGCAAGACUUAGGAGAAGCAUUAGAUAGUCAAUUUAAAAAAAUCUAUAUGAGCCGUCAUGAAAAUGUUAGUAUUUUGUAUGCUGAUAUCGUUGGAUUCACAGCUAUAUCAUCAACUUAUUCUGCGUCGGACUUGGUGAAAAUACUAAAUGAGUUAUUUGCCCGAUUUGACAGACUAUCAGAAAAAUAUCAACAAUUAAGAAUAAAGAUUUUGGGUGACUGUUACUAUUGUAUCAGUGGUGCUCCAAAAGAAAGACCUGACCAUGCAGUCCUAAGUGUUCACAUGGGAUUGUCAAUGGUUAAGGCUAUCAAAUACGUACAACAGACUACUAAUUCACCAGUAGACAUGAGAGUAGGUAUUCAUACUGGAGCUGUACUGGCUGGAGUUCUUGGCCAAAGACAAUGGCAAUUUGAUGUAUAUUCUAAAGAUGUAGAACUAGCGAAUAAAAUGGAAAGUAGCGGAAUGCCUGGACGAGUUCACAUAUCUGAAAAAACUUUAAGUUUUCUGAAUGGAGAAUUUGAAGUAGAGCCAGGCUAUGGUGAACGCCGUGAAGAGGCAUUGAAAAUGGCUAAUAUCAAGACGUUCUUCAUCAUCAAAGUAAUAAAACCAUUCAAAAAAGAUGUGGAAAAUGGCAGUUCUAUAAAUGAUCUUAACAGUAGUGCCAGCAAGGAAUCAGUGUGUAUCACCCCAAUUGAUAAUACCGACUUAAUAGCUCAAGCAAAAGAAGAUUCUGAAAAUUUCAAAAAACGACUCCGAAAAGAUUUGAUGAACAGAGACGGUCACAGAGAUUUAAACAAGCACACAAAGUUCUUCACUUUAGCAUUCCAAGACAAAAAGAAAGAACGCGAAUAUAAAUAUCAUAAAGAAGCAGCAUCCGGUGUUUCUCUUAUCGGCUGUCCUUUAGUUUUGUCUCUAACGUCUUCUGCGCAACUCAUCAUUUUGCCUAGAGAUUUUUUAAGUUACCUUACCAGUUUAUUAGCUUUGAUAUUGCUAUUAAUUAUUGUUGCUGUAUCCAUAGCAGACAUUUUUCCUAGAAUUUUACCACCAAAAAUUGUCUGGUUCAGCGAAACCAUUAACGAUUCACUGUGGACACGCAGAAUUCUUGGUAUCGCAGCUGCAUUUUUGUUAGCGUCAACAAAUUUAGUUGGAAUGGUAUCCUGUUGGUCUGAUAAACAGAUUCCUGUCAAUUGCACUCAACUCCACAAUGAUCCUUCUAACAUUUGCAUGUACCCAUCGUAUUUUACUUAUUUUAUGGUACUAGCAUUAAUAGCCACUUCGAUGUUAACUCAAUUGUCACAUUUCACCAAAGCUGCUAUCCUAGUCAUUAUAACUCUCAUUCACUGUAUCAUUAAUGUGAUCACUGUUAGUAGUGCUAUUGACUGUGAAGAUUCCAUAAAUUGCAAACCUUACAGGAUUUUAUCGUCUAAGUACGCUUUAUCUUUUUUGCUCGCUGCCGUUACAAUGGCACUGAUGUUUUUAGCAAGAAAUAUGGACAAAUCGUCGAGGGUUCUCUAUUUAUGGCGAACAGAAGUAGAGGAACAACGAGAAAGAGCCUCGGAUAUUCGACGACGUAAUGAAGCAUUAGUAUACAAUAUAUUACCACCACAUGUAGCCAAACAUUUUCUUGGUAGUUAUAAACGUCAACAUGAAGAACUGUACAGUCAGAGUUAUGCUGAAGUUGGUGUGUUAUUUGCUUCAAUGCCUAAUUUCUCAGAUUUCUACUCAGAAGAGACAGUUAACAAUCAAGGUUUAGAAUGUUUAAGAUUCCUCAACGAGGUCAUAUCUGACUUUGAUGCUCUUCUAGAGCAACCACGAUAUCAAGAUAUUAUUAAAAUUAAAACUAUUAGCUCCACUUAUAUGGCAGCUAGUGGACUAAACCCAUCUAGAGUAGUUAAGCCGAAUGAUCCUAUCGAAAUUAGGUGGGCACAUUUAGCACUACUCGUUGAAUUUGCUUUUGAUCUAAAAAAAGCACUUCAGGGAAUUAAUGAACAAAGCUUUAAUCACUUCGUCUUAAAAAUGGGCAUAAAUCAUGGACCCAUUACGGCCGGAGUUAUCGGGGCUAGAAAACCUCACUAUGAUAUAUGGGGAAAUUCUGUGAAUGUAGCGUCUCGAAUGGAGAGCACGGGUAAAGCUGGCUGUAUACAAGUAACCGAAGAAACUUGUUAUAUUCUACAGCACUUUGGGUUUAAAUUCGAGCAGCGAGGUUUAGUAGCAGUCAAAGGCAAGGGACAAUUGAUGACUUACUAUUUGGUAGGCAAAGGUCUUCAGCCAAGUGUAGUACCACCACCAAUCAUGGAAACGUUACCUGAAUUGGAAGAAGAGGACUCGGACGAGUGUCAAGUAGUCCGACAAGCACUAUUGCCAAAAACAAUGGCUGAUAUACACAACCAUCACAUGUUUUCAUCCAAUACGUCCAGUUAAUAGUAAAAUUGAAUAAAAUUGUCAUUCUAAUGACACCUAGGCAUUUCCAAUUUGCUAUUUAAUUCCUUCAAAUACAUUACUUUAAAGUUGUAUUUGUUUGUGAGACCAUAAUGAAUUAUAAAUUAUUCAUAUUGAAUACAAAGUGCAUUAACCAUCGCAUAAAGACCAAAUAGAUAAAUAUCUACCUUAUAAAUAUUAAAAAGAGAGGCCAAAAAUUUUGAUAAAGCAACGUAGUAUAAUUUAAGAAAAUUUUCAUAAUCAUAAAUUUGUUAUUAUUUCUAAAUAAGUUUCUCUUGAGUUGUUUGAAUACGUACUUGAGAAUAUUACUUGCAAAACUUCUGCUUAAGAAUCAUCUAUGAUUAUUAUGGCACAUAGAAAUAAUUUUUUUUUGUAAUAUGAAUUUUUAAAAUGUAUUUAUAUAUUAGCAUAUUAUGCUUUAAAGCAUUCAUUCGCAUUUAUUACAUAAAUAAAUUUUAAAAAAAUCAAAGACGAUUUCCUUUUUCUUUAAUAUGUAUAGUCUUUAUUCAUAACAAAAUAUUCUAUGUAUAAAGUAAUAUUAUUAAUAAUAUUACUAUGUAAUAUGUUGUACACUUGUAUAAUAAUAAAAUACCUAUUAUUUUAAAUGGCAUACCUAACCAUAUAUAAAUAUUUCUAGUUUACCAUAAGCAUAAACAAAAAAAACAAGUGGUAGAUUAUCAACUUAAGUCCUCUGAGUGAAAAGUUUUCAUGAGUUUUAUUAUAAGAGCUCUACUUCAUUAUCGGUGACCAUCAUAGCUAACUAAAUAUUUAUAAUAUUUAAAGAAAAAUAAAUGUCUGUUAUCAUUCACUAAAUGACAUAAAUUUUUGUCAAGAAAUAUUCCUAUAAAUGCUAUUGUCAGUUUUGUAAUACUUGCAUUGUAAUUGUAAACUUUCAGAUUAAAAAAAAAUAUUGUAUGUAUUGUAAUUGUUAGAUUACCUUCCUAGUCGGUAAAUUAUGUGUUAGUAUAGUAAGUAGUUACAUUAAAACCUUAAUUUCGUUA